AUGGCGAUACAUUUAUACAAAACUUCUACCCCGAGCACACGCAAUCGAACCGUAGACAGUCGAGUGAAAUCCAAUCCACGAAAUAAUUUGAUCUAUGGACAGCAUCGUUGUGGGAAAGGUCGUAAUGCCAGAGGAAUCAUUACCGCAGGGCAUAGAGGGGGAGGUCAUAAGCGUCUAUACCGUAAAAUAGAUUUUCGACGGAAUGAAAAAGACAUAUAUGGUAGAAUCGUAACCAUAGAAUACGACCCUAAUCGAAAUGCAUACAUCUGUCUCAUACACUAUGGGGAUGGUGAGAAGAGAUAUAUUUUACAUCCCAGAGGGGCUAUAAUUGGAGAUACCAUUGUUUCUGGUACAGAAGUUCCUAUAAAAAUGGGAAAUGCCCUACCUUUGAGUGCGAUAUCAUCUACAUCCAGAAAGCCGUAUGCUUUGGAAGAAGCUUGUACAGUUUGGGAAGGGGUUUUGAUUGAUCAAAAAGAAGAAUCUACUUCAACCGAUAUGCCCUUAGGCACGGCCAUACAUAACAUAGAAAUCACACGUGGAAGGGGUGGACAAUUAGCUAGAGCAGCGGGUGCUGUAGCGAAACUGAUUGCAAAAGAGGGGAAAUCGGCCACAUUAAAAUUACCUUCUGGGGAGGUCCGUUUGAUAUCCAAAAACUGCUCAGCAACGGUCGGACAAGUGGGGAAUGUUGGGGUGAACCAGAAAAGUUUGGGUAGAGCCGGAUCUAAGCGUUGGCUAGGUAAGCGUCCUGUAGUAAGAGGAGUCGUUAUGAAUCCUGUAGACCAUCCACACGGGGGUGGUGAAGGUAGGGCCCCAAUUGGGAGAAAAAAACCCACAACCCCUUGGGGUUAUCCUGCACUUGGGAGAAGAAGUAGAAAAAGGAAUAAAUAUAGUGAUAAUUUGAUUCUUCGUCGCCGUAGUAAAUAG